CGGCCGCAUCACGCGGGGCGGGAGCCCGGAUCCGUGCGCGGGGUUGCUAAGGGUGAAAGUUUGCCGUGAGUUGGCUCACUCGGGGCCAGGGCGCGGGCGGCUCCAGGCCGGCGGGGGUGAGGCGGCGGCGGUACCCGAACCCGCACCUCUGGGCGUCCCUCGGCACCUUCGACCCUACAGCCGCGACGCCACCUCCGGGCCCGCCCCGCGGAGGGAGCGCAGCGCUCGGUGGAGAGAGAGAGAAGCGAGUGGACGGGGCGGAGAGAGGCACGCAGCGCCCGGGCUCCCCCGGCCCCCUCAGAGCCUGGAGCUGAGGACACAGUCUGCUUGGAGCCAAAUCUUGUCUAUGUGUGUGUCAUUUUGUCUCUUUUAAUACACUGCCCUGACUUGCUUGCUGUGAAGGGAGUAUGCAUCUGGAGAUUAAAGUUGCUCUUAACUUCAUCAUCUCAUACCUGUACAACAAGCUUCCUCGGAGGCGGGCGGACCUGUUCGGUGAGGAGCUAGAGCGCCUGCUGAAGAAGAAAUAUGAGGGUCACUGGUACCCAGAGAAGCCUCUGAAGGGCUCAGGCUACCGCUGCGUUCACAUUGGGGAGACGGUGGACCCGGUAGUGGAGCUGGCGGCCAAGCGGAGCGGGCUGGCUGUGGAGGAUGUGCGCGCCAACGUGCCAGAAGAACUGAGCGUCUGGAUCGAUCCUUUCGAGGUCUCCUACCAGAUCGGUGAGAAGGGCUCCGUUAAGGUCCUGUACCUGGAUGACAGCGAGGGCUGCAGCGCCGCUGAGCUGGACAAAGAAAUCAAGAGCAGCUUCAACCCCGACGCCCAGGUAUUCAUCCCCAUCGGCAGCCAGGACAACUCCUUGUCCAACUCUCCAUCCCCCUCUUUCGGCCAAUCACCGAGCCCCACCUUCAUCCCUCGCUCUGCCCAGCCCAUCACCUUCACCACUGCCACGUUUGCUGCCACUAAGUUCGGCUCCACCAAGAUGAAGAAGGGCGGAGGGGCCGGAGGAGGGGGUGGCGGCUCAGGGGCCGCGCAGCAGCCACGGAUGGUCAGGUCACCCACCACCAACCUGCUGAAGCACAAGGGCCUCUCCCUGUCCAUGCACUCUCUGAACUUCGUCGGGAGCGCUGGGAGCCAAGCCCCGCAGUCGCAGCUCUCCCCCAACGCCAAGGAGUUCGUUUACAGCGGCAGCUCGCCAGGAGCCAGCAGCCUGUUUUUCGACGGUGUUGCCAGCGAGAGUCAGGCCAGCAGCAUCCCUCCGGCGUCGCAGUUCAACGCUGGCACGGGCAGCACCUUCGACAUGGCUCAGGUCUUCGGCGGCAGCACCAACAGCCUCUUCUUGGAGAAGUCUCCCUUUGUGGAAGGACUCAGCUACAACCUGAACGCCAUGCAGUAUCCCAGCCAGUCCUUCCAGCCCGUUGUCCUGGCCAACUGAAUGCAGGGAAGGAGAGUAUUGGGGGCGGGGGAGGGAGGGGGGGAACGACAACAUCAACAACAAAACACACGGGGAGAGAAAACAGAAAUAUACAGAAAAUAUUCAAAUCUUAUAAAUAUAGCUUCUUGGAAAAAGAGAGAGCCCAGUGAUGUUGCGCUGUGCUGGCAACGCUCCUGAAGCACUGACUUGUUUUUUUAACUCAGUCCCUGUGCUUUUUCUCCUACUCACUUUUUUUACUCUUUAAAUGAGUCUCUGGUCUUUUGGGUUGUGUUCCCCCUUCCCCAGCCCUGGGUCAGCACGGAUGUAGGUCACAAUGCUCCCUUUGCCCUCCCACCUGGCUGUAGGAGGGGCGGGCAGGACAAAGUGGGCUUGCUUUGCUGUUACUGCUCUGCGUGUGGGAGGAGAGCAUCUCAUGUGCCCGGAGGCUCGGACUGCUGCGUUGUUGUUGCUCCAGGCUCCCCAGGCCAGGCUAGCAUCCAGUUUUGUCCAUGUGCUAAUAAGCACCUGCUGCCCACCCUCACCUCCAGCUAUGGGAGGGCAGCGCUGCUUGCGGUCCCUUUUGUGCACCAACCAAGGGGCUUUUCUGUGCCCUUUUGGGGUCGGUUUGGAGGACAGCCCUAGGGUGUAGGAACGCUGCGGGUCUGUCCCUGUAUGGGGAGGUGGUGCUGAGCUGUAGGAUCCUGUCCCCGCCUGGUGGACACCCUACCCUCAGGGCUGAGCAUUCACUUGUGAUCCUUUGGUCCUAGGUCUGAGCUCUCGUUGCCGGCUGCGGAUUUAUCUUCAUCUUGGAGAGGGGAUUUUUUUUUUUGUAGUUAGAGGCAGCACUAUUUUUGAGGAAGAGAAAGGGCUAUGUUGUUGAAGCUGCUGUCUUGAGUGAUGGUAAGUGGUCUACAGGUCACUUCUGUGCCAGGGUCUGGGCCCCCAGGUGGGGCUGGAGGACCCCUGGGUGGGAAAGAGCCUCUGCAGAGGCUGCGGUGGGAGCACAGAAGAAUGCAGAGAGGAGAGAAACAGUGAUGAGACUUCAGUUUUUGAAGUUUGGUAUUUAAAAGAAAAAUGAGCUUUUUGCUGCCUCCCAGGCUCGGUGUUUAGUUCUCUUGAAACAAUGUCUCUGGAGCACCCUCUGAAACCCGCUUCUCCUGUGGCUGCCCAACCAGUGUGCUCCUUCAGGACAUCCUUGUUAGGGAGGUGGUCUGCAGCUUGUGCUUUUCCCUCUCCUUGGGCCAAGAUGAAGGCGUGCCAGCCCUCCUGUUGUUGCCGGUGAGCCUUUGCAGAGGCAACGGGAUGGGUCUGGGGAGGCCGUCGCUGCCACCACCGUGAGGAGCUUUUCUGUCCUGGCAGGGGCAGGCCCCCAGCAGGCUGCUUGCUGCCGUCGGGCUAUGACCGGCACGGCGGGCCGGCUCACUUAGCUUCCCCCAAAAUGGCGUCCGUAGCCUCGGCCCUGCAGGUUUCCAGGCUGGAGCAAGCUGCUCAGGAACAGCUGAGCUGUCCGCUUCUUUCUUCGCCUAUUCUGUUAGGUUUUUAACCUACUUACGGAUGUUACCACUGCCACCCUCUCCCUGAGAGCACACUACUGACUGCCAGGGCCCCGCUCGUGGGACCCGGCUGUCCCCAGCGCUGGCAGUGCCAGCUGCCAGUUGCUGCCAUGGGACAGCGGACCCCUUUGGCACCUUUGGGGAGAGGCAGGGAGCCCCGACCCUGUGCGUGUGAAGCUUCGAUGCCGCUUUGCCCCCAUAGCCACGUUGGGAACCGUGGUGCCAGGGGAGGGAGGGACCAAGCUCUGUGUCAAACAAGUGUGCUUCAGAAGCGUUCCCCCAGCGUCAGGCAGCGAUGGAAACUAGCGGCCUUUUCAGGUCUUUUCUAGUCUUGGAUGUAGGCGUUCAGCUUCAAUUUUAUUUUUUAAAACCUGCACUAAUUUACCUGGUUUCUUAGGGAGAGAAGAGAGAAAAAUUUUUUUUUUAACUUUUAUUUUUUAUGGGUUUGUGUUCUUUUUGUUGAUGUCCGUUUGUAUUGAAUAAUUUGCUACAUUUGUAAAAUGCAAGAGGUAUAUAUAAUAUAUGUAUAUUUCUAACGUAAAAAAAAAAAAAGAAAAAUUGUAAUUUUUUUCUUUUCAAGAUUUUUUCUUAAAAAAAAAAAAGA